UCAGUCAGUUUUCUUAUCUCAAUUUGCACGGUUCAAGACAGUACUUCAUCCGCGGACCCUUUACGGGGUUUCUUUUAACACGAAUACCACAUUAGAUUUUAAAAUAUUGAGUUGUGACAUAUCUUGUGCAAUUCGUGCAUAAACAGAUGAUUUGGUCAAUCCUUGUUGUCUUCAGCUAAUUACAAUUUAACUUAAAUAUAGUCAAGCAUGGACUUAACACUGCAGAUACCUAAGUGCUUCGUGAAGGUUGAAUUUCUAUCUUGAUCAUAUUUUUCUCCCGAUUUGCAACUUACUCCACUAUUUACCCCAAACCAUGAAGAAGAAUCGCAUGCGUAUCUAAGACAAUGGACUCGUUCUUAAAGUGGGUCUUUCGCGAUCUCGGUCGGUCCGUCUUCUCACGUCACAAUUUUCUAUUUGUACAAGACUCUAUGCGAAAAAUUACAGAGCUCUAAAGAAUCCAAGAAACCAGUUUCACAACGUGGAUAAUAGAUAUUUCAUUCGAUCUCUGUCUCUCCUCUUGAAAUAAGUGCACCAUUCGGUUUUUAUUGAGACCCGUUUGAAUGUAUUGGUCGGUUAAGUGUUUUGUUUUUCUUGUAAAAAAAUUCGUUAGUAGUUAAUUCUGAAGAUUUUUGUCACUAAUUUUGGAUUCUUCUAAAUUUGAUAAUUAAUACAUACGCGUAGUAGGAAAAACCUUAUCCUGAAAAAAAUAGUGAAUCUAAGGCAAUAUGUUGACACGAGACUAAGAGUUGCAGUGAAAGUAACAGUGGAAAUCUCCGCGAAACAAAAAAAUCUUUCAAAAAAUGUGCCAAAUAUUAAUAGUAUCCUAAUAAAAGUAGAAUUUGGAAAAGUUUUUAAUCAAAUUUGAGUGAGUUGAUAAUCAAUGUGUUCGUGUUUAUUGUAAAUUAGUGAAUAACGUGUGGAGAAAAAAGGGAUAAAAAUCAUGGGCCCCUCCAAAUCAAAUCUAGUAAUUUGCGGAUUAUUACUAAUAAUUGGAUUACUCAAUGCCGAAGACAUCACAUCGAACAGCGAAGAAGAUUCAAAAAUAACACCAUCACUUUCAUUAAUCACAUCACAAACAUCAACACCAUUAACGCCAACAGAUCUCGGCCUUUCGGUGGUUCCACUGAGUUCGUCGAAUUUAACAAGUAAUAAUGCCAUCAACUCGGAAAGUCAAUUAGAUACUUUGAGCCCGGCAAACUCAGAGGCGGGUGUGCGAUCCGAUGGAUCCACAACCUCCAAAUUCGAAGAAGCAUUGACUACGGUCAAGACUAACGAAGCGCUAGGUGGUGAGUCAACGACCUUGAGCCCCGAAAACCAACAGAAUUCACUAUCCAGCCAAUUUCUGCCUUUGACCACCGAACAGCAGUUGAGUACUCAGUUAGUGGAUCACGAUAGGAUCAUCUUCAAGGAUGAGAUGUCCACGCCGAAUAUAUUAGGAGGCGCGUUCCCAAUAAGUGAUAGCAGUAAUGAUGUAACAGAAGCGAAUUUAUCACAGGACAAUGUACGCCACUCACUGCCGCCUGCGCCUCCUUUGAUUCAUUAUUCAGAUAGAGAUAUGCCUCCGCAGGAUUCAAGAGCGCGCGCGUUAAAUAUGUCUGAUAAUCCAAUGGAUGAUAAACCAGGUAAAAAAGCCAUCGAUAAAGUGACGAUGGAACUAAGUGAUGUUAGUAUGGACGACGAAGAGGAGAAUGAACAAAACAAUGAGGCAAGGAACACACUAACCAUGAUAUCAGCUUCGACGAAUGAAUGUAAGGAUAAUGGAAAAAGUUACCAGAACGGCGAAAUGAUAAAUCGUGACUGUGACGAGAAAUGUAAAUGCCAUAAUGGAGAAUGGAUUUGUGAGCCACGAUGCACCGGCGCCUUCUUCAAGCGAGGACGUGCCAUAGAGGACCCUGCAUGCUUUGAAAAACUCUCACCUGAAGACGACUGUUGUGCUGUUAUGGUGUGCAGCGAUCAACCCGACCAAACAAAUGCCCCUCUCCUUCCAACGAUUCCACCUGUCGAGCCGGGCUGCAUGUUUAACGGAAAACUCUUCAGUUACCAUGAAAAACUUGAAAUCGGUUGUGAGCAAAUCUGUCAUUGCAUGGAAACAUCAAAAAUGGAAUGCAAUCCUCGUUGCCCACCAAGAAAUCAUACCCGCUCAGAACAAUGUGUGGUGGUCAAGGAUCCAAAGGACACAUGUUGUGAACUUGAGCUCUGCGACGUCACUUUAGAUGAUCACGAACAAACGGUAGCAACAACGACAUCAUCCACUGAGAAACUCGAAACCGACGAUUCAACCGGACCCUGUGAAUACAAAGGUCGACACUAUAAGAUCGACGAACAGUUUCAUGAUAGCUGCGACGCUCUCUGUAUUUGUUCCGAUGAAGGAGUUCAUUGUGCUAAGCUCCAGUGUCCAUCGAAUUUCGGUUUAGAUGUUUUAGACCCACAUUGUUUGCGAUGGGAGCCUGAACCAGCAACAUUCCGAGCGAUAGCACCCAAAUGUUGCCCUGAAAGGAUGCGUUGUGUCGACAAUGGCACUUGCAUUUACAAGGAUCAGACCUUUGAUAACUGGUCAGAAAUCCCAAGUAAUCUCACAGGAUGUGAUCAGCAUUGUUACUGCGAAGGUGGAAAGAUUGAAUGCCGGCCAGCUUGUCCACCAGUGCCAGCCCUACCACCUCCGCAUCUACCGUGUCAUCCAACCCAAGCGCGACUCGUUCCAAUUCCAGAGGAUGAUUGCUGCAAACAUUGGAGUUGUGUAUCCUCUCCAGACUUCGGAACUGGUAAACCAAAUAGCACAUCAGAUAAAAAAGCAGAAUUGAACAAAACCAAGGAAGAAAAAGAUUUAUCGAAUUCAGUGGGCCCAUUUUACCCCACCUUAGAUGGGAAGCCACCGAAGUCAGUGCCACAGAAACCAUCAAAGAAAGGAACAAACGAAGCCGGUGACAAUAAGGACACCAAAAUGAAGUACCCACAACCUCAGUUCAUUCCAGUCGGAACUGGGCCAGGAGGCUUUGGACUGAGUGGUUUUGGUGAUAAUACAAAUGAUCCUCAAGGCCCGGGAUUCUUUAAUCCUACCCUGGCAAAAGGACAAUUUGAUCCGUAUAACCCAUAUUCACAAAAUCCAAACACAAUCCAGGAUAAACCAGCACAGCCGGAUCUUUAUAACAUCGUUGGUCCAAACAAUCCAGCAAAUGUUCCACCCCAUGUUCGUAUUGAACACUUACUGCAACAUUUGCAAGGAAAUGAUCAAAACCCAGGACCAUUGUUACACUUACCACCCUCGGCAGUUGCAGGAAUUGAUAAGGAAACAUCAUUGUCACCUUCCCUAGGAGUACAAUCGCCGCAGACACCAGCUGCUAAUUAUCCUUUCAAUGGAUUCCCUAUUCACCCGAUUUCGCCUGAGCAAGGACUGCAACCGAGACCAGAAACAGGUCUUCCAUUUGACAAUCUUCAACCAGAUCUUCAGGUGAUAGCGUUGGAAGCAAUUGAUCCGAGAACUGUCCGAAUAGUGUUCACCGUACCACAAAUCUUUGUAAACUUACAUGGACGCGUAGAAUUACGUUACACCAACACUGCCAGUAAUGACACUAACACAUGGGCUUCACAAGUCUUCGCACCACCAGAAGAUCUCAUAGCCACUUCCCAACUAGAGUUCGAAUUGCCUGGAUUAGAACCGAACUCCCGAUACAAAGUAAAAAUAACUCUGAUACUGAGCGAUAUCAACUCCCAGCCAUCGAGUCAGAUAUACACUGUCACCACACCGCCAGAAAGGACAAUAACUCCUCCUCCUAAUGUUAGUGAUUAUCGUCCAGACUUCCAGGAUAUUUUCAAAGAUGUCGAUGAUCCUGAGCUUAAUGUUAGUGAGACGAACUCGACAUGGUUGCGGGUCAACUGGCGAAAAUUGGCAGAUGAGGAAUUGGAAUACGUGGAUGGUCUGCAAUUGCGUUACAAAGAAAUUACAGGAAUGAUUUAUGAUGCAACACCAUUGAUCCACCGCACUCUCUCCAGUUAUACCAUCGAGAAUCUGUUGCCUGAUACCGCCUAUGAAAUAGGGAUGUACUUUAUCCCAUUCCCUGGUCAUGGUGCUGAGCUUCGAGCAGGAGAAAUGAUCAAGGUGAGGACAUCCCCGAAGAUCGAUAUCUAUGGAUUCGAGGUGGUGGUUAACGUUACCAGAGUGAAAGCUACUAGUGUUGAAGUAUUUUGGACUGGAGUUCCCUAUCCUGAAGACAAAUAUGUUCACAUUUAUCGAGCUAUCUAUCAGAGUGAUGCUGGUAAAGAGGAUUCCAGCGUCUUUAAGGUGGCGAAGCGAGAUUCAACAACAGGAACUCUGAUUAUGGACUUGAAACCAGGAACACGAUAUCGGUUGUGGUUGGAAAUGUACCUUACCAACGGUCACAUUAAGAAGAGUAACGUGGUGAACUUUUUAACAAAACCAGGUGGUGGAUCAAUACCUGGAAAAGCAGGUAAACUCCUAACAGGCGGUGUCGAUGGCGGACCGACAGGUGAUUACUAUGGGCCCCUAGUUGUUGUAGCCGUGAUAGCGGCGCUGGCUGUAAUGUCGACCCUCAUUCUGCUACUAAUUCUUACAAGACGUAGAGGUCAUCAGACUGCUUCAAUCACGCCACCUCGAAAAAGCGAUGCAGUCUACGACAAUCCUAGCUAUAAAGUAGAAAUACAGCAGGAAACAAUGAAUCUGUAGCUGUAGCUUUUCAAAACCAACGCAAUGUGCACAAAUGUACAUAAAAUAGCUUAAAUCCGUCCGAAACGUGCUCAAAAUCGUGCAAAUUUUAUAAUAAAUUAUAAACAAAAGGACCAUCGUCAGGAAGCAAUCAAACCUUCUUAGUACCUUUCCGUGUAAGAGGACAUAUAAGGGCGCCUGAACGAGCAAAUCAAAAGAGAAAGUUUGGAAACUUCUCCAAAACUUUAUACAUUAGAUAUAUUCUUCCCAAAAACUGAAAAAAAGAUAUUCGAAUGUACGUACUAUGCAUAUAUUUACUGUUUUAGUUAUUGUAUUUGUUAUUUCAAACUAAAGAGAUACCCAUCCACUAUACCAUCUACCCAAUGCAUUAUACAUUAAAAAAGAACUUACAUUUAAAUAUUACCUGCCCGAUGAACUUAUUGGUUCAUCGGUCAUCCAUCCAAAUAAAUAAAAUAAUCUUAGUCCAAAAAAGCGAAAUCUAAAAAGAAUUUUGAGUCGAUUUUAUGAAUUCAAAAACGUACCGAGCUCAUUCAUGAUAUUUUCAACUAGACACUAGAAGGAUAUCGUAAUUUGUGUAAUUUAUUUUUAUUUUUUGUUAAUUAUAUUAAAUAAUUUUUGUAUGAUUUUUACUUUAAACAGAAAUAGAAGUGAAAAUAUUACCAUGAGACAUA